UUAAAACAUGAUGUGAUGCUGUCGUCUCCCCCUCAGAUAAGGGAGAUUAAAUGGGCUGAUGUCGGAGGAUGGACAGGGCAGGGUGGAUCUCUGUUGGGAACCAAAAGAACACUUCCUGCAAAGCAUGUUGAAAAAAUUGCUGAGCAGAUGCGAAUGAACAACAUAAAUGCACUCCUAAUUGUCGGUGGAUUUGAGGCCUUUGAGAGUCUGCUGCAGCUGUAUGAGGCGCGCACUACCUAUGAGGAGUUUUGCAUCCCGAUGUGUAUGCUGCCUGCCACCAUAAGUAACAAUGUGCCGGGCACAGAUCUAAGUAUCGGGGCAGACACGGCCCUCAAUGCCAUCGUGGAGACUUGUGACCGCAUCAAGCAGUCGGCAAGCGGCACCAAGAGACGCGUGUUCAUCAUCGAGACCAUGGGGGGCUACUGCGGCUACCUGGCCAGCGUGGGGGGUCUGGCUGCAGGAGCUGAUGCUGCGUAUAUUUAUGAGGAGCCAUUCGACAUCAAAGACUUGCAGGCCAAUGUGGAGCAUUUGACAGAGAAAAUGAAGACCAGCAUUCAAAGAGGACUGGUCCUCAGGAAUGAGAACUGUAAUGAGAACUACACCACAGACUUUAUCUACCAGCUGUACUCUGAAGAAGGCAAAGGAGUGUUUGACUCCAGGAAGAAUGUGCUGGGACACAUGCAGCAGGGAGGAGCACCGUCUCCAUUCGACCGUAACUUUGGAACCAAGAUCUCUGCCAAGGCGAUGCAGUGGGUCACCAAAAAGUUGACGGAGACAUUCAGACACGAUGAAGGCCGAGUGUUUGCUAACACCGAGGACUCCUGCUGUCUGCUGGGGAUGCGGCGCAGGGCUCUGGUCUUCCAGCCCGUCGUACAACUCAAAGACGAGACAGACUUUGUUCACAGGAUCCCUAAGGAGCAGUGGUGGUUGAAGCUGCGUCCCCUGAUGAAGAUCCUGGCGAAAUACAAGACGAGCUACGACGUGUCGGACUCCGGCCAGCUGGAGCACGUCAUACGCAACCGGCCCAAAGAGUCGGACGCCUCGGUAGCCAUGUGAAGAUACGGUGGCCCCCAUAGUGCAGUCAGUCUGAGGCGUGUGUCGUAAAAGAGCUCCAGUAAUAACCCAAACCUCCGUCUCUAUUCGGCCAGUGUUCAUUUCCUGUCUCUGUCAUUUCCUCCCAAUGUCAGUCAUCUCUGUUUCGUCUUGAAAUGAACUGUAAUCUAGCCUCAGCAGUGCUCCUAAUACUAAACACACACACACACACACAUGCAGCAGUCCCACCAUACAUCUCUGUGUCCUCGUUGCCCUGGAUGUUUAGUGUCACUCCUGUUAAAAAUUGCACUUUCUCCGAGAAUAGAUCCUGUAUCUGAAGUAAGACAGGGUGUGUAUCUGCCUAUAGAACCAGUGUGAGGUUCAGCAUAUUUAUGUGAGACUGAUGCAAUACAGUUCUAACGCUGCGAGUCAAAGGAACUGCGUGCUGUGCUUUACACUGAAACUAAUAUUUAUCUUUAUAAAAUUGUUUAUUAUUUUGCUUGUAAACAUGGCUAUAUUAUUAACUGUAGGCACUGCUGUACUAAGUAGCUGUCUGUCCUAUUGCACCAACAAGUUCAAUGUGUAAGAGACUAAUGUUUCCCACAGAAUAAAAUCAGACUUGAGAAGUGUACCCUCUGA